GCCAUGGUGACGGGAGGUUGCGGGAGCGGCCGCCAGGUGGCUCCGGCGCCUCACACAUGUUUUGGUUUAGCUGCGGCAGGUCAAGGAUACCUCGACCCGCUCACUCAUAACUACCACACAGAAUGAGCGGAGAACGGGAAGAUAUCCUUCUUCAGGUGAACCAUGUUCGCUAUAAGAAGAAUAAUGGCCAGUUGUAUCUUUCUCAAACGCGAGUCGGCUGGAUGAUGGAUGAAUCGGACACAUUUGCUGUGAGCGUCCAGUACAAUGACAUCAGAACUCAAAAAAUCUCGCCAGAGGGAAAGCCUAAAGUACAACUCCAACUUGUUCUCCAUGAUAUUUCCUCGUUCACAUUCCACUUCUGCACACCAGAGGGAGGAGAAAAACAGUUGGCUGAGAGGAACCAGGUCAAGGAACGGCUUAGUCAGCUGAUGACCCAAAACAGACGUCAACCACCUGAUGAAUUGAUGGAAAAGAAAAGAAUGCUAGAUGAGAAUGAGCAACUGCAGCAACUGUACCGUGCUCUGGUGCCCACAUCUAUCAUCUCUGUGGAUGAAUUUUGGAAAGAAAUUGCCGGCCAAUACAAACAAAAUAUGGGACCACAACAAGAUGUGGGGGUGUCUGGGGCGUUUCUGGCGGACAUAAAGCCACACACUGAUGGCAACAAUGGAAAAGUUCAGUACAACCUGACGCCAGAGAUUAUGACUGCCGUUUUUAAGACAUACCCAGCUGUGAAGAAGAAACACGGGGAGUACGUCCCCCACAGGAUGUCUGAGGCAGAGUUCUGGACGCUGUUUUUCCAAUCUCAUUAUUAUAGUGUACACACAACUAGCCGCAUUGAAAAUGUCUUUUCCGAGUGUUCAAAAUAUGAUGACAAAGAAUGGAAUCGUGAUGUGAGCUCGACUCAGAAUGAUCCGUUGUUUGAUCUGAAUGACAUCUACGAGGAGAAGCCUAUGUCUAUUGAGGGUGACCUGAGAGUUGCUGGUGUCAAAGCUGGAAGUAAUGUCUUUCAUGCUUUAAUGAUCAAAAGAUUCAACCAACACAGUCUCAACAUCAUCAAAUCACAAACACAUUCUGAAAAGGAGAAAGUACUGGAUGAAUUAGCGGCAAAAAACCCAAAUGGAAUUCCCAAUGGUGAAGAGAAGCAGGAUACUGAAGUACACAAGUCUAAAAAGGCUAGAUUAACGGAGAAAAUAGUUUACGAUGAUCUAGAGGACUCAAACAAGGUGGAAACGUCGUCAUUAACCAUCCACCAAAGAGAUCGCUACCUCACAGGGCCCACAGAAUACAGUACCAUCCAGAGCUUACAGCCCCGCCAGGUGUGUGUCUUACAGGAGCAGCUAACAGAGCACGUCAACUCUUGGUGUCCAAACUUACACAUCAGCCAAGAUCCAGAUGCUGCGUACCAGUCUUUACAGCGCUUCAGUGAAAUGUGUCGUAAAGGAAGAUCUAGCGUGGGGGUUCGUACAGGAGAUCAAUUACCAGGCAAUUUGCAUAAAGAAUUGGGUCAGGUGUAUAGCAGUGCUGGUGAACUGUUGCGUCACUUCUGGUCGUGCUUCCCUCCCAGAACUCCGCAGUUACAGGAGAAACUCCACAAGAUGCACGAGACACUCUGUCGAUACCACAACGUUACUAUAAGACCAUUCCAGGAAAUGGCAGUAAACGAUUAUAACUGCAAUAGUAGUAUUUUAGACCACCUUAUAGAAAUGUUUCACAUCGCUAAUACUAAGUUUGAAAACUGGAAGGCGCGAAACACCAGGUGAACUUCUUUAUCUGUAUAUAGAAUAUUUAGUAAAACUUUAUAUGUAGACUUAAUGGUUUUAUACAGUCAUGAGCAAAAGCACUGACCUCUACCUCACCAGAUGACUAGUGGUGUUAUAAUGAGCCAAACCUGAACAAAAGUACUGUACUAGUAAAUAUUUUAGAAAUAGUCAAAUGAUUUCAGAAACUCUAUGGUAAUUAAACUUACACGGUAACCUUAUAGCCAUGGGAAGUUGAGUAGUUGGAGCCUGAUUAUUGUGCACCAUCUGAGAGUAUUAUGGUUCAGUAUUGACUGGUGUGGUGGUAGACGCCGCAAGGUGUGCACGGGAAAUACUGCGGUGGCUCUAAAUGUUGCACAACUUGCUUCCAUUGUGUCCAUUAAUGGUCAGAACUAUGCCAAUGAAAGACUUUGUUUUUGUUUUUAAGCUGCACAUGAUGUAGCAGGUGAGUGAAGACAAUCCCAAAUGCAGAGGAGAAACAUUAGUGUAUUCACUGUUUUUUUUACGACAGCCUUUGGAAUUGGGAAUAACAAGGAACAGGUCAUGGGGGGUCGGGUAUAAUAUCAGAAGGUUGUGUGCCAGGGGAAUGAUCAUACAGUAUAACUUUAAGACUAGCAAGAACAUGAGUAUGUUGGCACAGAUCAGAGACGGUCUGGCACAACUGUUGUGCUUACAACUCGAUAUAUAUAUAUAUCGAAACCAUUUUAGUAUAAAUAUAAUUUUAUGAAAAAAAUGGCAUAGCAUUUACAUAAGUUGAUAUUUGUAACAACUUCAUUACAAAUUACAAAAAUUAUGCUUUAGGCAAGCCCCUUUAUUGUGGAUUUCUGAUAAGUUUACUUAUUGGCAAUUGAUUUCCAUGUAACACGUUGGUCCUUCCAAUCAACGCCCCGCACUACAGUAUAUCCAUUCCCAGUCAUUCCCCAUGAAGUCAUGAUAUUGAAAUGUGAUACAUGUUGGUCUCUCCUUUACGUGUGGUGUUCUCUUCACUCGUUUACAGUCUACUUUGUGCCUUGAAAAAUUAAGCAAAUAAUAUGUAUUUAGAAAAUAUCUUUACAAGAUAGAUAAAAUGCAUUGGUAGAAAGACAUUUUAUCUUUUUUAAUUUAACUAAAACAAGAUUUUGGGGAAUUAAGCUGGUGAUGUAAUCGUGAAAGUAAGACGACUCAUGUUUGAGAUUGAACUUGGUUCUUAUUGGAUUUCCAAGUCUCAUUGGUAUUUGUCUGGAGAUUCAAGCAAAUGAGUUUACAGUAAGAGAUUCUUGGUCACUUCUUGGCUAAUAUUAAGUUCUUUACAAGAAAAUUACGUAAUGCCAACAAAUAGACCUUAUUUGAUCACAAGACAAAAAGUUGAUACAGUACACAGUUCAUUUGUGUAACAGUAGUAACUCUUUGUGUAAAAUAGUUACAGAAAUUGUUACUAUUUUUCUCUUCUCACUAUUCGUUUGAAAGGAAGAUGAUGAUUGCAGGCAGCAAUGUCUACCGUAAUGCCCUGGAACAAGAUAUUUUAUCAGUUGCAAUAGAAAAUUGAAUCAUCAGAUAAAUGUAACUGGAAAAAUGAUUUACCAAUACAGUAAUUGUUAUUGUAGCAUUUAGAGAACUGUGAUGUUAACUCAUAAUUGCUAGACCACUCUCAACCCCUCAUUUAAAAUUAACACAACUACUUCACCCUUUUCGCUUCAUAUAUUAUGGAAUGUUACUCUUCGAGGAACAUUUAUGGUUUGAUUCUUAUCGACAAAUUGGUUUAUAUCACUGCUAUUGGAAUAGAUCUAAUAAGUCCUAAAAUUUACAUUUGAACUGCUUGGACUUGAAAGGGAUAUCCAUGCUAAUCAAGUUUGUCUUGAAAUAUUAGACAUUGACCACAUAUCUAAGCGCUAGAGAGAAAGUGUUCUGACACUUAUCCUCAUCCUGUAUCCCAUCAUCAAGUACUGUAUUCGGUAUCGCAUUGUCAUACAGAGGACUUAACAGUUAUUAAAUAAGCAGCCCAUGAAAUGGUAUCAAAAUUGUCUUUUUGAUAAUUACCAUAUUUAGGGUAAAGCUUUGCUGAUGGUGAUGCCAGUAGCAGAGUGGUUUAAGUAUUUUGAUGCUGAUGAUGCAUAUUUCAGAAUGGCUUCCUUUUUGGGUUUUUAUCAGCAUCACUUGUGUUUCAUCGACUUAUUCAUCAGCAUUAGAAAAACUCAUUUUUUUAAGGUAAUAUAAUUGGAGUACAUUUCAUACUAAGGGCUAAUGUAUUUGGAUAAAUAUAAUAAGCACUUUUAGAAUGAGGUAUCAUUAAUAGGACACAUUUUCAGCAAGAUAUGAAUGUGGCAGGAUCCAGCAAAUUCUCAGUAUUAAAAUGGCAUAUUUAUGUUAAUCAGAAAGCUUUGAAAUACUCGCAUUUCACAAAGUGUGCUGAUAAAGGUAUUAACAAAAGACAUAAAAACAUGCAUCUCUUUUACAGAAAAUAAGUCAUAUGCCCUUCCCACCCCCCCUCCCAAACACACACACACACACAAAUACACACACACACACACGCGUGCGUUUGUUCACAUUACGUGGACGAACACCACUGUGAGGUGGCAAGAAGAGAACGAGUCUUAUCAUCCCACUAUAGUCUUCCCCUUGAACCUCCACAACCACCUACAUUCUUUUAUAAUACAGUUUUUGAGAGUCAGUUUGCCUUGUUUUGUUAGGAAUUAAUUUUUAAAGCUGUAAUAAUCAAAUAUUUUUAUAUUCAAAAUACUACCUGUAUAUACAGUUUGUAUGAAAAUUGCUUAUAACUUAAUAAAUUAAUAAAGUUGA